AUGUUGGCUAGGGUUUGGAGAUGGAGAUCAGAAUCUUCUGCUGCUAGAUUGAUGAGCACUAGAUCGAUUCAUCAACCUCGCGUCGCCAAGAAAGAUGGCGAAGCAACUUUUGGAGGAGAGAGUUUGAAAUUGAGAAGUGGGUCUCAUUUUAUCGAAACCUUAGAUGAUGCGAUUGUUUUGUUCGAUGACAUGGUUCGAUCUCGUCCCUUCCCUUCUGCAAUUGAUUUCAACAAAGUAAUGGGUGUCCUCAUGAAGAUGAAUCGACCCAAUAUUGUGAUUUCUCUCUAUCGGAAGAUGGAAAUGCGGCGGAUUCCGUUUAAUAUCUACAGCUUCAGUAUCCUGAUGAAAUGUUUCUGCAGCUGCUCUAAGCUUUCUCUUGCUUUGUCUACAUUUGGGAAGCUCACCAAGCUUGGUUUCCAGCCUGAUGUCGUUACGUUUAGCACACUGCUCCACGGGUUAUGUCUCGAAGAUAGAAUCUGUGAAGCCUUAGCGUUAUUUGAUCAAAUGCUUGAAACGGGAUACGCACUCAAUGUCAUAACGUUUACCACACUGAUAAAUGGUCUUUGCCGCGAUGGUCGAAUGCUGGAAGUAGUAGCUCUGGCUGAUCGGAUGGUGGUAGAACAUGGUCAUCAACCUGACGUUGUGGCUUACGGAACAAUUUUGAACGGAUUGUGUAAGAUAGGCGACACUUUCUCAGCUUUGAAUCUGCUUAGGAAGAUGCAGAAAAGCCACAUCGAAGGUAAUGUUGUAAUCUACAAUGCCAUCAUUGAUCGUCUUUGCAAAGAUGGACGUCUUGUUGAUGCUCAAGUUCUUUUCAAUGAAAUGCGUGAGAAAGGAAUUUAUCCCAGUGUAGUUACCUACAGCUGUAUGAUAGACGCUUUUUGCAACUGUGGUAAAUGGAUUGAUGCUGAACGAUUGUUGCGUGAAAUGAUUGAAAGGAAAAUUGACCCUGAUGUUGUAACUUUCAAUUCAUUGAUCAAUGCAUUUGUCAAAGAAGUAAAGUUCUCUGAGGCUGAUGAAUUAUACGAGGAGAUGCUCCGCAGAGGUAUAGUCCCUGAUACUGUCACCUAUAACUCAAUGAUCGAUGGAUUUUGCAAGCAGGACCGCCUAAAUGAGGCAAAACAGAUGUUUAAUUCAAUGGCUAGCAAGGGCUGCUCUCCAAACACAGUGACAUUUAAUACUCUUAUUCACGGGUUCUUUCAAGUGUGUGAUCUUAAUGGCGCUCAAGACCUUUUCCAAGAGAUGAUUUUCCAUGGUGUGUGCUGUGAUAUCGUAACUCUUAACACUAUGCUAGACGGUCUCUGCAAUAAUGGGAAACUAGAAAAGGCACUGGAAAUGUUCAAGGGUAUACAGAAGAGUAAGAUGGAUCUUGAUGCUAGUCACGCCUUCACUGGUGUGGAACCUGAUGUUCAAACUUACAAUAUACUGAUCAACACAUUUUUCAAAGAAGGUAAUAUCUUCGAGGCUGAAGAAUUAUACGAGGAGAUGCUCUGCAGAGGUAUAGUCCCCGAUAAUUUCAGCUAUUCUUCAAUGAUCGAUGGAUUCUGCAAGCAGAACCGCUUAGAUAAGGCGAAACAGAUGUUUGAUUCGAUGGCUAGCAAGGGGUGCUCUCCUGACACAGUGACUUGUACUACACUCAUUAAUGGCUAUUGUAAGGCAAGAAGAGUUGAUGACGGGAUGGAACUUUUCCACGAGAUGCGUCAGAGAGGAUUAGUUGCUAAUUCAGUUACUUACAACACUCUUAUUCAUGGGUUAUGCCAAGUGGGCGAUCUUAAUGCCGCUCAAGACCUUUUCCACAAUAUGAAUCCUCAUGGUGUGUGUCUUAAUAUCUUAACUUAUAACAUUUUGCUGGUCGGUUUCUGCGACAAUGGGAAACUGGGAAAGGCAUUGGAAAUGUUUGAAGUUAUGCAGAAGAGUAAGAUUGAUGUUGAUACUACUACUUAUAACAUCAUCAUCCAUGGAAUGUGCAAGGGUAGUAAGGUUGACGAGGCAUGGGACUUAUUUUGUAGUCUCCCCAUCGAUGGUGUGGAGCCUGAUGUUCAAACUUACAAUAUAAUGAUACAUGGAUUUUGUGGAAAAGGUGCAAUUUCUGAAGCAAAUGCGCUAUUCCAGAAAAUGAAGGACAAGGAAUGUGUACCAAAUGGCUGUACGUACAAUACACUAAUCAGAGGAAGUCUUAGAGCUACGGAUAUUGAGGCAUCAGCUCAACUUAUCAAGGAUAUGCGAAGCAAGGAGUUCUGUGCAGAUGCAUCCACCAAGAAAAUGGUAGAAAAUAUGAUAUCUGAUGGUAGAUUGGACAGGAGCUUUGUGGAUAAGCUGUUUUAG